CCGAUGACAUAGGCCGGCCACCUCAGUGCUCCGCUGAGGCACGGGCGGCCGCCCAAAUUGGCGGUGUGGAGGUGCGGAUCCGGGGAUGUGCGGGGUCUGAAUCCUGGCGCUCUGGAGGUUGGAACUGCAACACCUCACUUAAAGCUGGAGCCAUGGGCAGAACUUACCUUGUCGAGGAAGGUAUUGGGCAGUACCUGACAGAACUCAGCACGAAGGUGAAGCCAUAUGUCACUGGCCUGUUGAUAGGGCAGUGUUCCCCACAACGGGACUAUGUCAUUCGGGCUGUGCGAACCCCUCCCAAGGAGCAGCAGCAGGAGGAGAGUGUGGGCCCUCCCAAGCUGGCAUCCCUGGAUGAGGAGUGGAUCACCACACACGCCAGUCAGGUGUCCAGAAUGCUCCCUGGAGGGCUGCUGGUUCUCGGUGUGUUCAUGAUUGCAAGUCCAGAGCUGGCAAAAGAUGGUCAGAAUGCUUUGCGUAAGCUAAUCUUCUCAGUGGAAAAGUCCUUGAGUAAAAGAAGGCUCUGGAAACCUGCUGAGGAGGAGGUCUCAGACAGAGCAGCACUUCAGAUCUGUUCUGCUACAAAAAAAGUAGUUUGCCGAACCUACGAUGUGCAAGACCCAAAGAGUUCAGCUAAACCAGCAGACUGGAAAUACCAGAGUGCUCUGACUGCUUCCUGGGUAGCUUUGGGCUGCACAGUAAAUGUGAAUAUCCACAUUCCACUUCUUGCUACUUCCCCCAACCAUGACCUGGAGAAGAAUACCAAGAAUGGGUUAAACCGAUGGUCAAAACAGAUCGAAGACAGUGUUUUUCUGAUCAAUGGCCGAGUUAAAGAUGAGGAUACAGAGCUGCUGGAAGGGCAGAAAAAGUUCAGAGGAAAUACACAGCCCAGCACUCAGUUUUCUGAUGUCAAGGUUCUGACACAGCUGUGCCAGGGUACUGGUGCAAGGUCCACGGCGACUGUGCAGGUGUGCAGUGGCUCCAUAAACCUCCGGGGAGCUGUGAAGUGCAGGGCCUACAUCCACAGCAACAAGCCCAAGGUUAAAGAAGCCAUUCAGGCUUUGAAAAGAGACAUAAUAAAUACAUUGAGUGAUCGGUGUGAAAUACUGUUUGAAGAUCUGGUUUUAAAUGAAGGACCUCAGAAAAAAAAUUUUGGGAGGGAAUAUCAUGUCUUGCCUCAGAGACUGUUCGUCCCAGUUGCUGGAUCCAUUGUGAUGCUCUGUGAUUAUAAGUUUGGUGAUGAGGCUGCUGGAGAAAUCCAGGAACGUUUUGUGGAGAUGUUGGAUCAGCCUGUCCAAGCUGAAGAUAUGCACAUAGCUGAGGACAUUAGCACAGUUGAUAUUUGCCCAGUGACUGAGAGCCCAAGUGAAACACAACAGGCACAGCUGACAAAAGCAAACUUGCUGUUGAAGCUCCAACAAAAUAUGGGGUUGGUCGUGGCAGCUGCUGUCGCAGUCCUGGCAUCGAUUUUCUCCUUCAACUACUUCAGUGAUUGAUCUGCAGUGAUUAAACUCCAGCCACCACAGCUCCUGGGAAGUGUUGGCCAUUCACAAGAUGGAACUAGCUGGGGUUAAUAUAUUAGUAAUUAAGAAUUGUUGCCUAAAUCUCACCAGGUAGAUGUGCAAUGUGAACUGUAAUGGUAGAUUCAGUUACCUUUUUCCAUCAUAUACUUCCUAGAUCAAGUAGAAUUAUGCACUUAGAGAAUCAAGUAGAGGGUGAAGCAGGUUUACAAGAGACUAAUCCUGUUGCUCUGUAUAAAUGAAUGAUGAUUAUAUUUUCUGGGGAGGUCCCUUAAACAAAUAUAGAACCUUCAUUUUUGUCCUCCUGGCUCCUUUAAUGCAAAAUGCUACUCCUGGUGUUUCUCAGGGUAUUGGUAAAACCUGCAUAAUGACCUGGUAUGGCAAUUCCUGCUUUAAGGGUUCAUUUGCUAAGAGAAAUCUUAUUUUAUUACUGUUAACUGGGGGAAAAUUAGUUUUAGUGAAGCCAGCAUUUCACCAUAUGCAUUGUUUUAGAUAAUACUGGCUAACUAGCAUAAAAUGCAUACAAAGAGUUUCUAAAAGUUUCAAGACUAGACCAAGGCAGCCUGUAAAUAGCUUGGUUCAAGACUGGAGAACUCAGAAAUCAAUGAAAUGCAUGGCAUUGCUGAGCUGUGUGUGUGCUGCUGCCUUUGACUCAGUGCCUCCUGAUGAGGAUUUCUUUAUCCAGCUGCAAUGCAAUCAUUGUUAUCUUGGAAUUUUAACUAUUUCAGCAACAGUUAUACCUAGGCAGGCCUUGUGGGGUAUCUUGUAGGUACAGGUAAGUUAUUAAAAUUAUUUCUAAUCAGGAUUUUUAGAUUAUAAACAGAGAGCUUUCCAUUAUGAGAGAUUUUCCUGGGGAUGUUGGCCAGUUACAUGUUUACUUGACAUGAGAAAGGUGGAAGGAGGGAAUGAAUUCUGGUAAGGCUAGAAAGAUAAUUUGUAUAUGAAAUGUGAUGCUUACUUGGACCUGAACUACAACAGAAAAAAAUUAAAAGCAUUUUAAUACCAAUGCAAAUUCCUUUUUUGUUUGAAGGCAGUGGAACACAAAGAAGAAAAAAAUAAACCCUUUGAUUCUAAAGCAUAAUCAAGUAUGUACUGGAAUACCUUUAUUAAAGGCAACUCUGAGAAAGUUAUCUUGACUACUGUUGCCUCACCUGUGUAUUCUGUUUUUACAUGUUUGGAAAAAAAAGAGCUGCUUUUAGUAUUUUAAGUAUAUUUUGAAAGACAGUGUUGAUCUUCCAUGCUCAGCAUUUCUCAAGUGGGGCUUCCUGGAGGGAGGUGGUGAGUGUUAUGAUGGAGGCACUGGGUUCACCUGCUGUGGGUUUUAUAAUUGCUUUUUAUUCUGUGCCAGUGAGUGGAAUCAAUAGGCAGGAAUCUGGAGGUAGGAUGACAACCAGGGGAGGCUGAGGGUUAUCCAGAAAAUGGGAAUAAUUUUGUAACAUUCAGAAUAUGGUUGGUUUAAAAAUUGCUCUGCUACAGUCUCUGUUGGAAGGAGGAACAGGGAUGUAAUUAAUAGAAAGGCACUGUCUUUUGGCUCUCUUUUUUUUGAGAAUAGGGCGUGCUUUUGGAGGUAAAAUAUAAAAUGAUUAUUCUUUUGUUGCCUGUAACACAAAACUCAGCCACAGAAGUGAAGUACAGCAUCUCUGACGCCAGAGGAAAAAGUUGUCCUGAAACACUCUUCUGUAGUUGUUCUUGUUUAGUACAUGUGGUGUCAAAAAUACAGCUUGUUGGGAUGUAUUUUUCAAGGGAUUCCCUUGCAAAGAACUUCCUCUUUUUUCUUCGUCUGCAAAUGUUUUCAGUGCUUAGUAAAUGAUCCUUUUCUUUGUGGUAAUGGUUAAAUUAAUCCUUCCAUUUAGAACUAACUAGGUAUCGGGGAUCUAAUUUUCCAGUUUGGGCUUGGAAGAAGGCAAAGAAGGAAGUUUGCUCUG